CCCUAAUAAGCAGUGACCCAUCCUGAGCGGUGACUCAGAGGGUUUGCUGCCCUCCAGCGUCCACACCUCCGUGGAAACUUGUUGCGGUCAUAACAGCUAGCGGCUAGCUCCCAGCUAACGUUAGCCGCUCAAUAACCAGCAGCAGUCACAGGGAAGCUCGUGCUCCGUCCACACACCAAUGACAGGGACACCCACCUCACAAAUAUGCGCCCGGAUAUUGUCUGAUUCUCGGCCGCUUCUUCUCCGCGACACCCUGUGAAGCUGUCUCUCAUCUCUAAAGCGCAGUAACUUAACUCGGAUAUGGAUUCUGAACGACAGAAACGAAGAGAGGAGAUCCAGAAAGCAAUGAGCUUUAUCCAGUCAUCGUUGCCCUUUCCAGAGCCUGAGAGUUAUGAGCCAUUCCUGACCCAGUUGGUGUGUAACUUGCUGGACGAGGGCAAUUCCUGCUAUCGAGAUGGGGACUGUCGCCAGGCGACCCAGCAGUAUGGGGAAGGGAUAAGUGUCACCCGCUACGCCCAGGCAGAGGCCCUUGUGAUCCCUCAAGAGCUGCUGGAGGGCCUCUACUUAAACCGGGCUGCUGCCUACUAUCAAACGAGGGAGUAUGAGAGAGCUGACCAGGACUGCGACAGUGCACUAUACAUGUCCGAAGGCAGUCGCAGGGCUUUGUACCGAAAAGCUCUUUGUCUGAGGGAGCUGGGACGACUCAGAGAGGCCUAUGAGUGUGGAACCAAAUGUCUCCUCACAGCACCACACGACCGACAGGUAACUGAACUGGCCCAGGAUCUGGCCAAUAAACUGGGCCUGAAGGGCCGUAAAGCUUAUGUCAGCCCUCAGAUAGAGUCCUCAGCCAGUGAUGGGGAGAAUCAUGGGGAGUCAUCCCCACCCACUGGAGAGAUGUCUUCCAAUGGGCUGGAAUCGCUGGGUGACAUUGGACAAGCGGACAUGUCCAGUGCACAGUGCAUCCCUGCUCCUCUGGCCACGCCCAUCCCAGUCAGUGAUGAACCGGGGAGCCCCGUAGUGAGCCCGUGCACUGAUUUGUCAGAGAGCCCCAGCAGCCAGGCCCUGGCUCCCAUGCCGUAUUCUGUCCCGGUGUCUGAGCACAUGGACGAGUGCAACAGCAUCAUCAAAGAUGAACUAGACAGUCUGUUGGAAUGCAACCCCAAGAAAGUCAGUGAGAAUCCUGUCCAGGGUGCCAUCCCCACCAACCUUCCCAACACGGCGGUUGCUCUCCGGCCUCCAUACUCUCCCAACCUUCCGGCCCCAUCUCCACAGCUUCCCCCAGCCUUCUUCAGCUCCUCCAUCAGUGACAUGCCCCCAAUGGAGUCUUACCCGCCGCUGGCCCAGCGGGACCAAGGCUCUACCCAGGCGCAGGACGCACUGGGAGGCUUCUCCCCAGAUGGAGAAGGAAAAGCAGGAGUCGCCACUGGCGGGCUGGACUCCUUGUCUGAAUACACUCUCCCUGGGGGACGAGUGUGUCACAGCUUCAUCCCGGGAAUUCGCACGAACAAUGUUGCUCAUGCAAACGGUCCAGCAGGAACAAACUUGUCCCUGCUCUCCAGGAACCCCCUGGCAGCUACGCAUGAGUUUCGGCAGGCCUGUCAUGCCUGUUACAGCCGAAUAGGUCCCCGUGUGAUGGACUACAAAUAUCAGCCAGAGGCAGCACAUCGUUGCAAGAGAGACGUACUUUUGUGUCGCCUCAAAAACACAGAUGACCCCACCUGGAAGAGGAUCCGGCCCCGGCCUGCACGGAACAACUUCCUGGGGGCAUUUGUACUCUGUAAAGAGGUGCAGGAGCGUCAGGAGUGCCAGUAUGGGGAGAAUUGUACAUUUGCCUACUGCCAGGAGGAAAUUGACGUGUGGACGCAAGAAAGGAAGGGCGCAUUGAGCCGAGAGCUGCUGUUCGAUCCGCUGGGCAGCACAGAGCGACGGGCGCUCAGCGUCACCAGACUGCUGCAGCUCCACAUGGGAAUGUUUAUGUUCCUCUGUGAGGAAUGUUUUGACAGUAAGCCUCGCAUCAUUAGCAAACGCAGCAAAGAAAACUUAUCGGUCUGCUCAAACCUCACAGCUCGACACCCGUUCGACGAUAACAAGUGCCUGGUGCACGUGGUGAGGUCAGCCAAUGUGCGCUACAGUAAGGUGCGUCCCCUGCACCCCCUCUGUCAGUUUGACGUUUGUCGCCACGAGGUCCGUUACGGCUGCCAGCGCGAGGACAGCUGCUCUUUUGCGCACUCUGUCAUAGAGCUCAAAUGCUGGGUCCUACAGCAGGAUACUGGUAUCACCCAUGAAGAGAUGGUGCAGGAGUCCAAGAGACACUGGCAACGGCUGGAGCAGAAUGCACAGAAGCAGCAGAAGCCCAUCCAUUUCCCCCACCCGAGCAGCGUACCUGCAGGAGGAGUCGGAGGAAUGGGAGGCGGGGGCGGAGGAAUUAUGGGAGACUGCCUCGGUGGCGGCGUUGGACCAGUGGGAGGCAUUGGGGUGGGGGGGUUGGGAGCCGCAGCAGGACGGGGACGACCCCUCAACCUGAAAAUGAAAUUUGUGUGUGGCCAGUGCUGGAGAGAAGGACAGGUCAACGAGCCCGACAAGAACCUAAAGUACUGCACAGCCAAAGCACGGCACAGCUGGACGAAGGAGCGUCGGGUCCUGCUGGUCAAAUCAUUUGAGAAGAAGAAGUGGGUUGUGGUUCGGCCUCUGCCUUUCUCUCGCACCUACCCUCAGCAAUAUGAUAUGUGUGUGCAUGUGAUGAAGCAGAAGAAGUGCCACUACAUUGGGAACUGCUCAUUCGCUCACAGUCUGGAAGAAAGGGACGUCUGGACAUACAUGAAGAACAACAGCUUGAGAGACAUGCAACAGAUGUAUGAACUGUGGCUGCAGCUCACCAAUCAGAGUAGACGCACAGAAAGCUCUGCAGUGACGCCGCCUCCAGAGGACAAACAGGUCACUAUAACGGCAGAUUACACAGAAAGCAUGGGAGGACGACGGUUGUCAGAUGGGGAUGACCUCUGAGUUGCUAUGGGGACCAGAGGCAGCUGAUUGCCGCGGAGCUGUAGCCAGACACAGACGGACCUGCCACACCAGCGAUCACUGAAACAGUCUGUCACCUUUCCAGUCUGACCUCCGCUAGCAACUAGCCAGCAGUGCAAGAGCAAAUGUCCACACAUCAGAGCAUUUGACCCCACACACACACAAACAGACACGUACACACAAACUACACAAACUAUUCACUCAACACAUGUUACAGGCACUGAUUAACACAAUUAGAAAGCUUCCUUAGUGAAAAUUCAGGACUUGGCUUAAGCUUAUUGUUUGUAUCAUGCAGCAGUUACACACUUUAGGUUCUCCUCCAGGUCAUUAUACUGCUAUCUCCCAGACAACUAGUUCAACUGACUAAAAGAUUCAGUUAGUGUUCCCUCGUACAGUUUGGACUGAGCAACUCCAUGUCCACCGGCCACCUUUUUUUGUUUUUGUUAUUUUGAAUCCUCGCAGCACUGAAACAGUUCUUGGUUGGGCGCGCUGGUCGCAGCUCUCAAAUAUUGCUUGUUGAUAAAUCAAAACUCAGUUGAAGCUCAGCGCUCUUACACAGAAAGUUUAAAUCGAAACUUCGGAGUGCCAAAAAUACCAAGUCCUCGGUGCUGUCCAUGGCAGCCUGGACUUAUUUGGAAGAGGUUCUUGGUGGACGCUUACUUGUUUAGCUGCGUAUCAACCAAAUCCCGCUCUCCUUCCUUUUUUGGAGAAUAAUGAUUUUAAGCAUUGUUCUUUUCCAAGGGGAGUUGUACUUCCUUGUUAUAUUGUCUGCCAUAUUGGCAGAACUCAGUGAAUGUAAUGCCUGCAUGGGCCUUUAAAAAACGAGGAAGUUAGUCAUGGAAUCAUGGAAUGUAUGCAGGAACACUUAUUAUGCUCGAAAACAAUCUUGUGUAACAUUAGCUUCCCCCCUCUUUAUUAUUAAAAUAUAAAUCCUGUGAUAGCUGUUUAUGGAAUCAUGCCAACUGGUCCGGUGAUGAACGAGCCAGGACACACACACACACACACACACCCCAACACAUUAACCCAACUAGAUCUUAUAAAACAUCUGUGGCUUAUGUACGUUUGGCUAAAGGCUUGUUUUUGUGCCGCUGUGUGCUCAAAGCAUCUGACAGAUGUGAAGCUGGUGUCACAAGGCUUCAGAGAGGUGACUACACAACAACAUACAACGUCCUGCCUGAGCUGCUCUCAGCAAUAGAUUAGUAGACAUAUUAAAGUUCAGACCGCAGAUGCCCAUCAGGAAAUGAUGACCUCACUCUGACUAAAGCACAGUGACAGUUCUGACCGUGCUGAAGACUUAAGUUGUGUGAAAAAUAUAAAAGCUCUUGUUAUUUAAAAAAAAAAAUUGAUCUGGUUCAGAAACAAUGAUUUAAAGAAGAAAAUGAUUGACAAAAGAAAAAAUAGGAAGGUUAUAUUUUUUUAAUCGUGGAUUGUUUCAGAUUUGAGAAUUCGCUGCAUCUUCAGUCAAACUGGGGUCAUCCUUUCACUGCGCACCCACCAUGCUCCCUCAGCCUUCAAAUGGAAACCUGUGUUCCUCAUAUGCACCCAAAUGUUUUGUUCCUGAUAGCUAACAGUAGCCCUGAGAUAAAAAAAAGGGCUACGCGCAUAUUGUGCCUAUAAACAACAUAUUCACAUUUGACACCAACACACACACACACUCACUCACCAACCCCCAGAGGUAGAAUAUCUGCCGUCAUCGUAUUCUAACCUUUAAUGUGGAAGGAGACGCGAUGGAAGUAUGUCAAUAUUCAGAUACAUAUACACACAUAUUAUGCAUAUUUACGAAUAAUGGUAUACUACUAAUAAUAAUUGAUAACUUAGCGGUUAAGCUUAAUAAAUAUAUAACCUGAAAACCUGUAUUGAUUACAUAGAACUUCUUGUUAUUGAGGUAUUGCUAUAUGACAUGUAUCGCUGAACUAGAUGACUAUAGUGAUUUUUUUUUUUUUUUUUUUAAGGAUUCUUUUAUUUUGUAAUUUCUCCUUCUGUGUGGGUUGUUCCAGACGGGGUUCAUUUGAAGGAACUGCAGCAGAAGUAGAAGUAGAUUUCUGACAGUUAAAAGUUUAACAUAGAGUGCAGAGACGUGGAGUAAAUCACCCAGAUGACAGGGUCUGUUAGGAUUUUCUUAUUUCCUAAGUGCAGCAGCUAUACUAUGUGUACAAAAGCAUGCAACGUAUGGAUGAAAUUUACACAGAAGCUGAAAUUGAUAUUUCAAAUAUUAUAUUUUAAUUCUGAGUGGCUUCAGUUCACUGAAUCAAUUUAGAAAACAGCUUAAAUCCCGAUGUUGCACUCAAACAGUACUAAGAAUGUUAUGGCUAAUGCCUUGGCCAAACUAGUUGCAUUUGCAUUGUGUGAUGGCUGUGUUGCUGGUCUGUUGCGUGGGUUUCUCGUAUGACUACUGUAUUUCCAUGAAUUUAAGUAGCCUAUGUAUUCAACUAAAUACCAGAUCUCUGAGGUAUGAAGCUGUGCCUCUUCCAGUCCAAAAUCAAAGUAAAAGCUAGAAAGCUUUUACUUCGAAACAGGUACAGGAAGUGUUGCAACUAUUAAUGUUUGUGACAGAUGAACUGCAUGUGUCAUGUGGAGAAAAUAGGCAGCGUCUCUCAAUCAUCCAUUGAUGCAUCGGCGUAACAGGCGCGAAAAGUUAAUAAGUUGAACAUAGUGUUUUUAUUUCGUAUAGAUGUGAAUAUGAAACCACUACAUCGUUUAUUUGUUUUGUUUCUUCCCACCUCUGUCUGCAGUCCCACACAUUUAAGCCAUUGGAUAAAUACUAAACAGAUAAAUGGUUGUGAGGUCACAGGGUGGUAAUCAUGCAGCUCCUGAAUUUGAACCUGAUCUCUCGGUGACUACUAGUAUCAAGCCCUUGUCUGGAACAGCCCAAGGUAUUAGCUUCUUUGAGGGAUUGUAUUACUACUACUCUUAGUAUUAUGAUGAAUAUGAUGACGAUAAUGAUUGCUAUCUAUUGACUAUUUCUAUUUCUCUUCUAUAUGCUAUUGAUAUAUGUAUGUUAAUUGCAAUGUAUAACUUUCUCUUUAUAUAUGUAUCCAUGUAUAAAUAUAAUAAUUUACAGUAAAUAUGCAUCUGUGUAUGCGGCAGUGCACAGCUCCAUCUGGGAGGCAGUGAGCAGAACACAUCAGACCCCUGUUAGCUGUUGUAGGAAGGUUCUCCAGUUUGUCCAGCCUACAGUUGGUGUCCUCCAUUUACACAGUAUGUUAGGCAUACUAUAUAUUAAGUAUGUCUGAGCUCUGCUUGUAGGCCUGAAGAGAGUUUAAAGGUGACAGAAAUAGAUAGUCGAUGAUGAAAGUAUAUAUAUAUAUACUGUAAAUUGUUUCCCCUCUUCAGUGUCAACCUACCAGCAGAGCUCUCUGCUCACUGCCUGAGCUGUGCAUCCUUCUUUGUUUUGAGUUUGAGUCUCUGGUCAGGGACAAAAGCAUACAUAGAGGCCUAUAUACUCCCGUAUAGCGCCUUAUUUGAUAUACUACAUCUAUAAGAUGAUACAUACCCCUAUUGUAUAAUCCUUCUUACUAUAUACAGUAUAUGAUACCUGAUACCUAUUAUAAUACUUAGACACUCUAUAAGGUAAUUUAGAUAAGAGAUGGUGGAGCUGUUUUUUUUCUCUGUGGCUGUGGAAGAGUUUGCUGUUGUCAGUGACGUGUUCCCAUCUUGUUUUUCAGGGAGUUUUAAAAAAGGACAGGUAUAUAGGAGAGCGCAAUAUACUUUACUGAUCUUUAUCAUUAAAGUGGACAAACAAUUUCCCCAUCCUUGUUUAAAGUCCUGCGUUGAGAAACCUGCUGAAGGGAAAAGUUUUGACCGAAAAACGUCUUGCUGAAGGCUCCCCUUCCAUUGAUGGAGAAAGACGAGCAUUGAUUAUAUAAUUGACACACGGAAAGACCCCCUAAAAAAGGACAGCUGAAACAUGUGGGCUUUGUGUUCUGUGUGUGUUGUUAAAGGUGAGCAAAUCAUGUCACUAAUUUAAAAGGGGGGCAGCUUGCUGCUGCAGCAUCUGUACAUGAAACAAAUCUCCCAUCGUAAUUAUUAAUUAAAGAAGGUUUUUCCCGUCAUAAACAAACUUGGUAUUGCCCUGUUGUGCAACUUCAAAGCAGAUACUUUAUCAGUCUCCCUUAUCAAGUACGAUUGAUUUGCCCUUCAUGCUUUAAAAGGUGAGGAAACCCGUUCACGAGAUGUAAAGUUUGUCAGGCAAUGGUCAUUGACCCUGCGACCAAAAUGACUGCUUUACCGUCCUGUCGUCUAUAAAUUAUACAGUUUGUGGCAAUCUUUUAUUUUCCGGAUCCCUUACAGCUAAAUCAGUAGCGUGCCACAAUAAGACACAGUAAAAGACCGUUUUGGAAUCUGAAAUGAAAUAAAAAAGGAUCCUUCAGCUUCAAAACUCUUUCAACAUUGUAUUCUGCAAUUCUUUUUCUGACUUAUGAAGCAUUUCACUUCCUUCUCAACAUGAAUGGAAAGGUUCUCAGUCAAAGGUGACCUUAUUUCCCUAAAACCUGCUUCGUUUUUUCUUGUAACUACUAUACAUACUUUUUAUUAAGAUGGGGACUGUCUCAAUAAGGGGUGACUUAAAAUUCCAUUACCAAUAUCCAUUCUACAAGUAUCUGCCUUUAACCUUCCAAACUCCUCCAAGACUUUGGCACAAGAAACCCACAACAUGUGCGGCCUCUCACUGCCUCUUAUGCCAUUACUACAACACUAAUAAUUGAUCAAGUGUGUUGUCUUGCUGGUGUUUAAGCAGUCGGAUUAUUUUGUUUAUUUCUGCGGUUGCUACCAAACCUUUGAAAUUGAAAUUCAUUGAUUUAAGAGAAAUGGUUCUACUCGGUUAUUAUAAAUCUCGAAGUCAGUUGGUUGAAAGGUUGUCUUUGUCCUUUAUCUGAGUAAAAAGGCUCAUGUCCUGUGCAGUACUGGUUAUUCCAUCUGUAGUUAAAUUGAAUGACGCGGUUCUCAGCUGUGAAACACUCUUCCCAGUCAGUAAGUGCUCAUGUGACAGCCACCCACCCCCCUCCCUCCCAUUCCCAGCGACCUUUAUAACGCUGGUGGCAUUUGAUUUGCAACAAAAACACACACCCUUAACCAGCCACAAAAAAAUCUUAAUGAAUCUCUUUUCAUUCGGUUAGAAAAAUACUAUUGGUUAUAAGAAUUGUUUUUCAACAACUCGGAUGAAGAAAACCAGGGUUGUAAAGAAGUUGAAAAUACAAGGCCUCUUUUUGUACUGUAUUUUUACAUUUGGUUGUUUUAUGUUUUGUCUUAUCUUCAUGACUAAGUUUUCUCUUUUCUCCUCCCUGGUUGGAAAUUCAUGAUCACACAAGUGGACCAAAUCUCUUGAAAGCAUUUAAUAAACAGACCGUUUUAGAACGAAA